UAAAUGCGUUAAAAUAAAAUUGUUUUAUUUGCGAUUUCCGCGUUUCUUUUUUGAGAAGAUAUUUUACUUGUAAAAACAACAACAAGGCAACGAAUUGAAAAUUGAAAAUAGAACCGCUGGAAAAGCUCAGGCAGGCGGCGGAAAAUUGCAUUAGAUAAAUUUGUUAUGGGUUGUGAACUUGUCAGUUCAUUUUAUUCCAGAUUCCCCAAGAUAUUAACAAAGUUAUAUAAGGUCAUAGGUGGAAGCAUUGGCCACACAUUUUGUCAUUAGCUGCUUCAUAAAUUAUUGAAGGGAACGUUCCAGAUGUGGCGAUUUAUCAGAGCAAGUAAAGUCGAAUAUAAGUGAUGAAGUUAUCACUUAAAUUAGUUUCGGUUUAAGUUUGGUUUUGAAAAUAGUUUAUCGGCUCUUAUAUCAAAGUAGUCUAGGAUAUACACUGGGGGUUUAACUGAUGAAAUAGAUAUUGUAGCCGGAUCCGCCUUAUAUGUACAAUAUACAGUCGAAUAAUGAAUGGUACCGGGAAUACGGUUGGUGGUGAAUCAACGGAUUUCAAAAGAAAAAUUACAACCAUACGAUUUAACUGACAUUGUAUAGGAUGACUUUACAGAGAGAAAUAUUGAAAAUGUGAUCAAUAAGUUUGAUUUAUAAAUACACCGCACGCAAAGGAAAUAAAUAAUUUUUGCUUUUGAAACGAGAUUUUAAAUUGAGAGAAAUGAGGUAAAAACAGGUUCUCGUUUAUCAAAAAAAAACUAAAAGCAUUUUUGGCAAUGUUUUCUAUUGAUGAGUAAGCUUGACAGAACGGACAGGCUGAUUCGAAACCUGUACUUCAGCGUUGAUAAUGCGGGUUGGUUUAUUGGCAGUAAGAAAAUCAAUUAUUUCCAAAGUUGUCCUUGUAUAUAAGUCGGGAUAGUCCGAACGAGUAUCCAAGUUUUGUAGCUGAUAUUACUGAUUUGAUUCCUAUAAGACAGCUAUAUAACAUGACCACUGCUGAAACAACUACUGAAUGUUAUGAAAAGAACCCUUACAUACGAAACGAAAUGGGUUGGGUUCCCAAGCACAUUUUGAUUGCUGAACGUCACAUCUACACGAUACUUGCUGUCUAUAUGACGUUUAUAUUUCUGCUGGCAGUUUCACUCAACGGGUUCGUGAUAAUUGCUACGAUGAAAAACAAGAAACUUCGUCAACCUUUAAACUACAUCAUAAUCAACUUAUCAAUCGCCGACUUUUUAAGCGGUUUGGUCGGCGGUUUCAUCGGCAUGAUUUCCAACAGCGCUGGUUAUUUUUACUUCGGGAAAACGGUUUGUAUCCUUGAAGGAUAUAUCGUCUCAGUAGCAGGUGUUUGCGGGCUUAUGUCAAUAUCUGUCAUGGCGUUUGAACGUUACUUUGUUGUAUGCAAGCCAUAUGGGCCCUUCACCCUAACGAACACUCACGCUGCGCUGGGGAUCGGUUUCACUUGGACGUGGUCAGUAUUGUGGAGCACACCGGGGUUAAUAUGGUUGGAUGGUUAUGUGCCUGAAGGACUUGGGACAAGCUGUGCGCCAAACUGGUUCAGCAAAAAUAAAAGUGAACGUAUCUUCAUUUUCGUUUACUUCGUGUUCUGUUUCUUCAUUCCAUUAUUGGUGAUUAUCAUUUGUUACGGAAAGAUCGUUUUAUUUCUCAAACAAGCCACAAGGCAGAGCAGCGCAAGCAGCAACCGGCAAGCGGAUAAUAAAGUUACAAAGAUGGUUCUUGUCAUGAUAUCUGCAUUUCUUAUAUGUUGGACUCCAUAUGGGGUUUUAUCGCUCUACAACGCGAUUAAUCCAGACAAGCAGCUCGACUACGGCCUUGGUGCCGUGCCAGUAUUUUUUGCGAAGACAGCAAACAUUUAUAAUCCUCUAAUAUACAUUGGGCUCAACAAACAGUUUCGCGAUGGGGUUAUAAAGAUGGUGUUUCGUGGAAGAAAUCCUUGGGCAGAGGAAAUGUCAACACAACAAAGACAACGCUCGACGGAAGCCGGUCAACCCAUUGUGUCGAACGAAGUUUAAACACCUCCAGCUUUGCACGGGCACGCAUACACCGCUUAGCCUUCCAUCAUUGGGUCUUUCUUACUUCAUGUGCGAAGUUAUUUAAUGAGAAUCCGCAGCUGUAAAUAGCUACUAUGAACAAACAUGAGAAAUUGAUCAUCCACAAACCGCGUUUAAUGGGGACUAUUUAAACCAAUAAAGUAUAGAAUGAAACCACCACCACCACCACCACAAGAAAGGCAAACACAAGCAUGAGUGUCUCACGGCUUAUCGGUACAACCCCAGACAAUGUUGGUGUCAUAUCAAGUAGUUCACAGCUUUAUGAAUUGAUUUCCUGCAACGUCAUCGGAGCGAAUAUGUACAUGAGAUUUGAGUGUAUUUUAAAUAAUAACCAAGACGACCACUGUAUAGUAGUGUGGGGAAAAGUGGGACACCUUUAUCA